GCCACCAUGCUGGCCUCAGGGCUCCUUCUGGUGGCUUUGCUCACCUGCCUGACGGUAAUGGUCUUGAUGUCUGCCUGGAGGCAGAGGAAGCUUUCGGGAAAGCUCCCUCCAGGACCCACCCCAUUGCCCUUCAUCGGAAACUACCUGCAGCUGAACACAGAGCAGAUGUACAACUCUCUCAUGAAGAUCAGCUAGCUCUAUGGCCCUGUGUUCACGUUCUACCUGGGGCCGCGGCUCAUCGUGGUGCUGUGUGGACAUGAGGCCGUGAAGGAGGCGCUGUUGGACCAGGCUGAGGAAUUCAGUGGGCGAGGAGUGCAGGCUACCUUCGACUUUUUCUUCUAAGGCUAUGGUGUGGCAUUCAGCAAUGGCGAGCGUGCCAAGCAGCUCCGGCGCUUCUCCAUCACCACACUGCGGGACUUCGGUGUGGGCAAGCGCGGCAUCGAGGAGCGCAUCCAGGAGGAGGCGGGCUUCCUCAUCGAGACCUUGCGGGGCACACAGGGUGCCUUCAUCGAUCCCACCUUCUUCCUGAGCCGGACAGUGUCCAACGUCAUCAGCUCCAUUGUCUUUGGGGACCGCUUUGACUAUGAGGACAAAGAGUUCCUGUCACUGCUGCGUAUGAUGCUGGGAAGCUUCCAGUUCACAGCUACACCUACGGGUCAGCUCUAUGAGAUGUUUUAUUCAGUGAUGAAGCACCUGCCAGGACCACAGCAACAGGCAUUUAAGGAGCUGCAGGGUCUGCAGGACUUUAUAGCCAAGAAGGUGGAGCAGAACCAACGGACGCUAGAUCCCAACUCCCCGCGGGACUUCAUCGACUCCUUCCUCAUCCGCAUGCACGAGGAGAAGAACAACCCCAACACAGAGUUCUACUUGAAGAACCUGGUGCUGACCACACUGAACCUCUUCUUUGCGGGCACUGAGACAGUCAGCACGACCCUGCGGUAUGGCUUCCUGCUGCUCAUGAAGCACCCAGAUGUGGAGGCCAAACUCCUUGAGGAGAUUGACAAGGUGAUUGGCAAGAACCGUCAACCCAAGUUUGAGGACCGGGCCAAGAUGCCCUACACAGAGGCGGUAAUCCAUGAGAUCCAAAGAUUUGGAGACAUUAUCCCCUUGUGUUUGGCUCGCAGAGUCACCAAGGACACCAAGUUUCGGGAGUUCCUCCUCCCCAAGGGCACUGAAGUGUUCCCCAUGCUGGGCUCCGUGCUGAGAGACCCCAAGUUCUUUUCCCACCCCCAAGACUUCCACCCCCAGCACUUCCUGGAUGAGAAGGGCCAGUUUAAGAAGAGUGAUGCUUUUGUGCCCUUCUCCAUCGGAAAGCGGUACUGUUUCGGAGAAGGCCUGGCUAGAAUGGAGCUCUUUCUGUUCCUCACCACCAUCUUGCAGAACUUCCGCUUCAAGUCCCCUCAGCUGCCCCAAGACAUUGACGUGUCCCCCAAGCUUGUUGGCUUUGCCACCAUCCCACGAAAUUACACCAUGAGCUUCCAGCCCCGCUGAGCAAGGGCUGUGCUAGAUCAGGGCUGGGGGAGGAGAAAGCAGUGGGCGGAGCAGGGGCGGGGCUAUCAGGAGGGGCGCGGUUAAUGGAGAGCAGGGCUAGCAGGAGGGCGGUGCCCUAGGGAAAUCUGAGGGGUCAGGUGGACAGGAGAGGAAGACCAAAGGAGUGGAGAGUGUUAACGUUGCUAGAGAUAGAUCCUUCGGAGGUGGGAUAAGAGGAAGGGAAACCUCACAGGAUACUGUUAAUAAUAGCACCUAUUAUUUGUUGAAUCUCUGUAUCAGCUCUGCGCUAAAAACAUUACACACUUACUUCAUUUCAUACUCACAAAUCUGUGUGACAGGGAAUAGUGUUCUGCCCAUUUCACAAAGCUUAACUGAUUCCCAAAGAAGCUACAAGAACAAUUCUUUUUAAUAAAAAAGGGCACUAAAUAU